AUGGAAAAACAAGAUGCAACAUUUUUGUCUAGGAAUGCUGCAGCGCAUUUGUGCUCAGAUGUGAGAGCAGUCGGGAUUAGUUUGGAGUGUCUAGCAAGUUUGAAUAGCCUACUUGACGAGGUACUUGCUAGGAUACUCACACAGUCACGCUCCUUCAGACUGGGUUUGAUAAGGAGGGCAACAUUAGAUGUAUUCCCGGUAGGAUUCGGACAAAAUGCUAUCACAGAAGCCGAAUUGAAGCUGCAGGCAACCCAUCCACUGGGUAGCGCAGAUGGAAUGUUUGAUAGCGACAGGAUAGAAGACUACGAGUUGGAUGCUGCUUUUAAGGCAUUGAGAUACCACACUAUAUUAAAGUCAAAGUAUUCCGAUCCUGUGAGACAGUCUAUUUCGUUGGCCGCGUCACUUGAGAAACAACUCUAUCAGCUAGUAGAGAGUGACAUUGGGAGUAUAGCUACAGCUGCGAUAUUCGUCUCAGCGGUACUAGAGCAUGUCGCACAAAUUAUCUGCCAGGAUCUCAGUACUGUUGUAGUGCGCUACUCGAGCAAAUCUGAGGCAAUGCUGAGUGACCUCUAUGACGCAAUCCAAGAGAACGACAGAUUGAGUUCGCUCAUACAUGGUAUGCUUGUCAAAGAUAUGAUAGAAUCGCAAGUCAAGAGCGCGGAAGAAAGAAGACGUUCGAUGAACAGCCAAGUAAGCAGAAUUAACAGCUUCGCUAGUUUGAAUAGGAGGGACAAACCAGCCGCCAUCGAUACAUCAGGCAGUCUGCAUCGCCGUUCGAGCAGUUGGAGAAUGUUUGGGGGAGUCUAUACCCCAACAUCCGCGAAUUCAGAAGGGAGUAUAACAAAGCGCUCUUCUGUGUACUUCAAGAAUAAAUUCAAAAAUUCAAACCAUACUGAGACUGCAACAGAGAAUAAAUUUGACAGGGUCAUACAGAAUAAACAGACUCUGAAGUUAUCACUCACACCGAACAGCGUUGAUACGAGAACAACGAGAACGAUGUCAACAAGAUCCAAGCAGGGAUAUUACGAUGACCAUCUCGAUGAGGCAGAUGAGUUCGAUGACGAUGUUGUUUACACGAAACCGAAGGAGUCCCUGAUGGACUUCUUGAACAGUACACCACCAUGGGAACACCAAAAGGAGAGCAGAUCAAUCAACAGUCUUCCUUCUAGUGUAGACGAUGAACCGAACUCGCAACAAAACCAUAAGACAGCUGGCUUGUCGGAUUUCAGCAGGGAUUUGAUAGCCUUCCUGAAUACAGAGCCACCCGGGAAUCCGAAACCACCGCUGCAGCCAAAGAAGAGCUCUAGCAAGUUCAAGUCAAUCUUUAAAUCCUCGAAGCACGCACACAAUAACUCAAACAAUUCAAUUUUGAACACCACGACCGGUUUCCCAGUGAAUUUAUCCGCGAACUCCACUGCAAAGUCAAGUUCAUCAACUAUACGCCACCCAGACGUUCCAUUAAAGUCACCAUCACCUGCUAUACCCUCAAUACGCUCCGAGACAUCCUUGAAACAAUCAGAAGUCCUGCCACAGGUGCCAGUAGAACCACAACCGCCACCACAGCCGCAGCCACAGGUACAAGAUAAGCUUCCACCAAUACAAUCUCCACUUCCAAUGUCAACGAGCUUUACUAGAUCACCAUCACCACAACGCUCGACUUCACCAGCUUCUUACGUACAAAUACAGCAAUCACCAAAGCUCUCAGCAGCACAAGCGCAACAAUAUCCGAUACCAAGCUCGAGCUCUGCAAUUGCUGACCAGUACGCAGCUGCUGUUUUGAGGAGAACUCAAUCUUCGCAAGAUAACCUCAAUCUAAGUCCACCAAUGCCUGCCAUUAGUCGCACUUCUAGUCUUAAUACCGAUGAAAUGGCGCCAUCAAUGACGCCAUCAUUCAGCGCUCCUUUACCUGCGCGCGUGCGCUCUCAUAGUGUCAAAAGGAAGGGUAAACCAGCUACACCACGCAAACCAGUACCUGCAUUGGUUGACGUCGAAAGAGGUGAAAAGUAUCAAUCUGGCUCUAGCUAUUCACACAAUCAAUCGUCAUCAGAAAAGCAUACUAGUACAUCAACAAAUGGUAGAUUUAGCUCUGGCAAAUACAGCUCCGGAGUACAGACUAUGCCCGAAUCAGUCACUUCUAGUGAAUACGUCCAUAAAGAGAAGUUGGUUAGGAUGCAUAAGAUAGUUAACAACGCACAGACACUCGAUGAGUGUAAGUUGUUUAUUGACGCUUUCUUGAAAUCUUUAGAGAUACCUACAUCUAUACCAUCCACAUCUACAUCUGCUUCGAUGAAGCCACAGUCAAGCAGUAGUGUUGGAGCGAACUCGCGACAAUCACAACAAUCGCAACGUUCUUAUCAUUCCCAGGUUUCACAAUCAUCCCAAGAUAAUAGAUCAUCAAAUACCGGAUCGAGCUCUGCUUUGAAUGCCGUGCCAAUUGCACCAUCAAUCGAAGAGAAUAAAUCAGAGGAGGAGAAAGAAACACAAAGUGAAGCUGGUAGUGCUAGUGUUAGUAAAAUGUCGUCACCUCAGCAAAACCACACGGUAGAGAUUGAUCAUGCUAGUUCACAAUCGUCGUUGCCUCAAAUUAUUGAGAGGGAAGGUAGCGAAACUAACGGGGGUAACCUUCAAAGCAACGCUACGCCUACAGAGUCGGCUACACCCAUCACUCCAACUGCUGCUACACCAUACCCUUCAGUGUCCAUGAAGAAAGGAAUGGAAGAGCAUGACGACAAUUUCGUUACAAAGUGGCUCAUGAGUGAUCAACAACCGCAUAACGGUAUUCAAGUUGAACUUUCUGAUGCUAUUUAAGAUAUACACUUCCUGAAAUUUGUUUGUUUUGUUUUUGUUUUGGUUAACCAAUUUAUUAUUUACUUAUAAUUCUAAACCCGUUGAUGGUGCUGGAGGUGUCUCUUUAGGUGCUUCCUCGUGUGUGUUGAGACGUAAUGCUUUCGCGUACUUGAGUAAUGAUAUGCGCUCAUUUUGACUUGCAAUAGUGUAUUCAUUCUCCUUUAUAACGCCAUUUACGAGCUCUGUAUCAUCUCCAUUAUCGUCUGAUAGCCUCCUGAGCUGUUCUUCAUCCUCCAUCGCCUGGAUUUCUUGGUCUCUGGAACCGAUCGAUUGUGCUUCAAAGCUGCCUUCUAUGAGUUUAUUUUGAGAUUUCUUUGGUAAGAAAGCUAAAAGCUCUUUAUUUGUACGUUCUAAGUGGUAUACGCUGUUUUCUAAGCGCUUUAUCUGCUCAUCUAUGACAUCCAAUGGCCAAUCUUUUAUUUCGUUAAACG